UUUAAAAGCGCUCACAUUUCACUCUGUGAGACCUGCAAGACGGUUUGCUGUCACUCAUCACUUCUCCACGAGCAAAGAUGCCUCUGCAGUUUGAGCUGUGUCCUGGUAGAAUGAUCGGGGGUAACCAUCCCUGCUUCAUCAUUGCUGAAAUUGGGCAAAACCACCAGGGUGACAUAGAGAUUGCAAAAAAGAUGAUCAAGAUGGCAAAGGACUGUGGUGCUGACUGUGCUAAGUUUCAGAAAAGUGAAUUAGAGUAUAAAUUCAGCAAGAAAGCUUUGGAACGUCCUUACAACUCAGUGCACUCCUGGGGCAAAACCUACGGGGACCACAAGCGCCACUUGGAGUUCAGCCACGAUCAGUACAGGGAGCUGAAGAAGUAUGCGACAGAAAUUGGCAUCUUCUUGACGGCCUCUGGAAUGGAUGAGAUGGCUAUGGAGUUCCUGCAUGAGCUGGAUGUGCCUUUCAUCAAAGUUGCCUCCUGCGAUGCUAACAACUUCCCGUAUCUGGAGAGAACUGCCAAAAAAGGACGUCCCAUGGUGGUGUCCACUGGGAUGCAGUCCAUGGAGACGAUCCGGCGAGUCUACAACACCGUGAAGGAGCACAACAAGAACUUCACUCUGCUGCAGUGCACCAGCGCCUAUCCACUGGAUCCCAAAGACGUCAACCUCUGCGUGAUCAAGGAAUACCAAAAGGAAUUCCCAGAUGUUCCUAUUGGAUAUUCUGGACAUGAGCAGGGGAUCUAUAUCUCAGUGGCUGCAGUGGCGAUGGGAGCAAAGGUUGUGGAACGCCAUGUGACCCUGGAUAAGACCUGGAAGGGGAAUGACCAUGCUGCAUCUCUGGACCCAUCUGAGCUGGCAGAGAUGGUCCGAGCCAUCCGGCUGGUGGAGAUGGCAAUGGGAACGCCUGUAAAGCAGAUGCUGCCCUGUGAGAAGACAUGCCAUGAUAAGUUGGGCAAGUCAGUGGUGGCCAAAAACGCCAUCAGCAAAGGCGAGGUGCUGAGCCUGGACAUGUUUGCUGUGAAGGUUGGCGAGCCAAAGGGCAUCGCUCCUGAGAAUAUGCAGCAGCUGGUGGGCAAAAAGCUUAAAGUGGACGUGGAGGGGGACGACAGCAUUUUGGCCGACAUGAUAGAAUAACAGAUCUUCCACCAUGAUUCGGAGAGACAGGCAGACAGACAGACAGAGAGGGAAAUAGAAGGACAAACAAUGAGGGAGAAAGAGUGGCAGACAGGUAGAAGAUAAACAGGCAGUGUGUCAACAGAAAGAGACACUGUAGAGAGAAAGAGUCUGUGUGACACCCUGCAGACAAAGGGUUUGAUAAAGAGAAAGACAACAGUUUCAGUACUGUUAAAGAAAGGCAAAAAUUACCCCAUGUGAUGCUGUUUACUAUCAGGGGGUGUGCUGGUGUGAAACGAUAGUUAAAAGCAGUUUGAUUGUGGGGUGUCAUGUUAAAAGGUCUGUUUCCGAAUCAUUUUAUAACAGUUAUAACAAGUGCGCAACACAAUUACUCUAAAAAUGAAAGCCCAUACAAUCAUCA